AUGAACGGUACCUACAACAUCUCGCCCCAUGUGAUCCUCCUCAGCUAUAACCUCCCACCCGCCAGUAUCAUCCCAGCCUUUAUAUUCGCCAGUUUGGGCUAUGCAAUAAUCCUUUUCUGCAACCUCAUUUUGAUUUUUACCAUUAUACUCAACAAGAGCCUGCAUCAGCCUUUGUACCUCAUCCUCAUAAACCUACCCAUCAACGACCUCAUCGGGUCUUCAGCCUUUUUCAUCCAAGCUCUCAAACAGAUCGCAUGGAAGAGUCAGACCGUUUCAUACACGGCUUGCGUCACCCAGGCCUUUUUCAUCCACAUCUACGCCUGCGGUGCCACGUUCAUAAUCACGUCAAUGGCGUACGAUAGAUACGUUGCUAUUUGCUGGCCGCUCAGGUUCAUCGGGGUGUCCACGCUCAUUUUCCCACCAACACUCAAUCCGAUCAUCUAUGGACUGAAAACAAAAGAGAUUCGAGUUAAAGUCACACAGUUUUUCAUGAAUUCGAUAUCUAAAAUCCGGUAA